AUGUGCCGGAUCUCAGGUGUUGCGGUUAUACCAGCUGUUGGUGCUUGGAUACGGCUGGAUGUGGUCUCUACACAGCCUCGCGAAACCUUCGUGAACAUCAUUUCACCUCCGCGUAUCGCGCAGAGACAGAGAAUACGUCUGCAGCCGCCGGAUGCAGCGGCGUCUCUAUCGAAGGGCUUCUUGCUCCGAGGCGCCCCAUCUCAGCAUCCGUGUCAAACAAGACUGUUCUUCCCGAAGGCUUGCGGAGAUAAGGUGUGUAUCUUCCCUGCGACGGCGCCAGCGUCAAAAGCGUCGACGAAUGCCCUUCACAAGAAACUGAGUACGACGCAGUCAAAGCCUUAUAGGACAUGUAUCAAAGCAGCAUGGUCGGUCCCCUCAACGUCCGAUGGCCAUAUGAAGGCUUGUGCCAUCCGCGCAUCCCCGAUGGAAAUGAGUGAUGCGGCCGCUGGUACCCCAGGCACUCUGUGCUCCGACCUGGAAGGACCCGUUGUGGACACCCGUGCACCUCCCUCGUUCCUGACGGCGCAAACUGACACCGCGCACACCGGGAUCACGUCGUGGAGCGGGGCGCUUCUCGCGCAAGGCACGAUCGCACGGGUGGAGGCGCGUCGUGCGCACCCUGGGAGUCCGGUCUUCGAGUCCUGCUCGCCGCGACGCGCCGUACUGGUUCCUGUGGUGCACCUGCGCAGACACACCACCCUCUACGCCAUGCGGGGGCGGAUCCUCGCCUGGCCCGUCUGA